AUGAGAAAUGUAGGAAAGUUCGGUAACAACGACGGACACCUCAACGACAUUACUCAGCAGUUCGCUUCUUGGCAGUCAUCCUUGCCAGGGGCCCUGCAACUCAACGCGGACCCCUGUUGUGUGGAGGGCAAUCUGGAGCUGACAAUGCUUCUGGCUUUGAGUUACCGAUACCAGUGCUUCUUUUAUCGUGCAUUGCGAAGUUAUUAUUUCUCCAUCCACGAUGAUCGACAUACAUUGGCCAACCAGCAACUGAAAAUGGCAAUGCUAGGGACCGACAAUCUGAUUGGUAAAAUGAUGACCAACGGAAAUCUGAGGAUGCUUCCUCUGAGCUUGUGA